AUGUCUUCUAACAACGUGGCUUUGAACAAUAAGAUCAAGAUGACAGCUGCGUCGAGACCAGGGCUCUUGACGCCGGUUAACGAGACUGAACACUCGUUCAGCCGUAUCAGCCGAGAAGGAAAGAGGAUAACCUACAACUUGAAGGUUAUCCAGCAACCUGAAAGAGCUCGUGCCUGUGGUGCGGGUGCAAAGUCGUCUGCCGACCGUCGCCCUGUUGAUCCUCCCCCGGUGGUUGAGUUGCGUGUUUACGAAUCCGAUGUUGACAAUGACAUGAGCAAGACCGACAUCACCUUUGCUUACAAUGCCAACUUCUUCCUCUUCGCGACGUUGGAGAAUGCGCGGCCUAUCGCCCAAGGUCGUGUUUCCGGUCAGGCUCCCAACUGCCCUGUGCUUACUGGCGUACCAGUUGCAGGCAUUGCUUACUUGGACCGGCCUGCUCAAGCCGGCUAUUUCAUCUUCCCCGACUUGUCCGUUCGUCACGAAGGUUUCUACCGCCUCAACUUCAACCUGUAUGAAGAAGUGAAGGACGCAAAGGAUGCCGACAAGGACACUCCUCUUCCCUCUCCACAAAGCCAGGCCUCCUCCGGCAAACCCACGGCACCAAAGUCGUUCUUAAACUUCCGACUGGAGGUCAAAUCCGCCCCCUUUCAGGUGUAUAGUGCAAAGAAGUUCCCAGGACUGGCUACCAGCACUUCGCUCAGUCGGGUUGUCGCCGAACAAGGCUGCCGUGUGCGUAUUCGUCGUGAUGUACGUAUGAGAAGACGUGGUGAGAAGAGCAGCAAGGACUAUGGGGAAUAUGAUGAAGACCGUUACGGCCGGUCAUCAUCGCGUUACGCCACUCCCACACCGGUUGAGCGCCCUCGGUCGGCCAGCACGGCCAGCGCAGUUGAGCCACCGUAUGCUUAUCCACAGACGCCGCGUCGAGAUUCUUCUAGCCAUGAGUACUCUGCAUACCACACUCAUCACCCAGUACCACCGCCGCCACCAGUGGCACCAAGUCCAUACCAGCACUCUCAUCCUGCCCCCCCACCACCGCCUCCGUCUACUUUGUCUUCAGGUGCACCUGGAUAUCUGACAUUUGGAUCUACACCAACAUCAUACCAAGCUCCACCAUUGCCAGCUGCACCACCUCCACCUCCACAUCGUGCUUAUACUCCUGGUUCUUCUACACCAAAAUCCUAUUCAUCGCACGCUUCAUUGCCGCACUCCCGCCAUCCGUCAAGCUCAUCAGAGCAUGAGUCGGUCCAAAUAUCAUAUCCUACGCGUUCUCACAACCUGCCAUCCAUCCUAAACCCAGCACCAGUGGAACCAGCUGUGGGCACUCCGUCUUCGGAAAACUACCAUUCAGCAGCAUCAACACCGACAUCACAAACUGCACCCCAGCGCUCGCGCACGCCGUCCUCGUCAAUCAUGCUCCCGCCCAUCAGUUCAUUUGCAUCUUCCGUUCCUCCUCCGCCGCCACAUUCUUCCUCGCAGCAUCCUUCUGAUAACCUGCAUCAACGGAGACCGUCUUAUUACCCAAUUGAGACUUCGCUCGCAAAAAGAUCCCACGAGGACUCGUUUGGCAGUUACGACGCUAUUGCACAUCACAAGAGUGUCCGUUCGGCGGAGAAUGAUUACGCCGGAGUCAACAUCAACAACCAUAGCAGUGGUCCUACUCCUACCGGACCCAUGACGAAACGUGGAGCGCUCGAAGUAGAAGAACCACAAUGGGACCGUCCACAGAUGGAAUAUCGACGUGCAGACGGCAGGAUGUCUAGCAAGCUCCAGCUUGCAGUUUGA